ACAGGUGGGACCAUAAAACCACUCGAAAUUUGCGGGCCAAGGACGUCGAGAAUGCUAUACGGAACCCCUUCUACAGAGAUCAUCCUGAACUGAUAAACAAGAAGACAACGUUCAUUAGAGCCAUGGUCGCCAAGGUCAUUCGGACACUCAAGAAGUACUGGAAGUCGGACGACCCAGAAAUCCUAACAAAGCACGUCCCUACGCACAGCGGAGGGAGUGAGAUGGAGGAGCAGGAGAGGCAGCGGUGCUUGUCAUACGCUCGCGCUGUUCAUAACAUCAUGAUUCAGAGUGACGCCACCAAGGAGCGGGGCGGCACCAGCGGGAUCUGCAUGACUUUUGACGCAUUCUUGAAGACAUUUUCGCUUUAUUGCAAGAAUAGUUACUGGUACUUGUGCGACAGGAACGGCCGCCAGUACGAUUACAUCUUGGUGGACGAGGCGCAGGAUUUGAACCCUCCGAUGUGCGAGUUGAUCUCCUCCCAUGCGGGGCGGGGCCACACAGCCCUGAUUUUGGUGGGAGAUUCACACCAGAGGAUAUACAGCUUCAACAAUUGCAUUGACAGCCUUGCUGAAGGUCGAGAUUUAAAAUUUGACUACACAUUCCCAUUGACAGGGACCUUUCGGAGCAGGGAAGAGGUCACGGCCGUUGGGGGCAAUGCGCUGCGGGUCCUCAAGCGCGACUGGCGCCCAUUCGUGGGGCUGGGCGGCGCCAAAGGGCAAGUCAUUUGUCCCUGGCGCCCAUUCGUGGGGCUGAGCAACGUCAAAGGGCCAGCCAUUUGUCCUAGUGCAGAGCACGUCAAUGGCUGUGACGGCAAAGUUGCCCACAUCUUCCGUUACAGCAGAACCCUCCUUGACUACGCAGCGAACCUCGCUGCCUGUGGGACCGACUUCACCACGUCCCUUGGGGACAGGCUGGAGACUCUGCUGGACCUGGUUCGUGGCUGCUGGUACCUAAGGAUGGGCAAGAUGGAGCUUUAUCGCAGCGCCCAUCAGCGAAGGUUCGUGGAGUACCAGUCAUGGGAGGCGCUGAUGGAAUCGAUGGACGACCUUGGGGAUGACGAUCUGUUGCAGGCUCUGCUGAUCACUUUGAGUUUGGAGGGGAGAGGGGAGCUGCCUGGGGAGAUGGAAGGGCCCUCGCACAUAUUCAGUGGAGUGUCCCACCAUGCAGUUGCUGAUGCGGACAUCCACUUGACGACGUGUCACAAGGCAAAGGGCCAGGAGUGGGACAAUGUACGGGUGGCGGAAGAUUUUCUGUCAGGAUGGGAGAGCGGGGCUUUUGAGUCGACGGUGGCGCAACUGGAUAUUGGCAGAGCGGCUUGGUCGCGCGAAAAAGUGGACGAGUUGAAUUUGGUGUAUGUAGCUGUGACGCGAGCACGCAGGAGAUUAUUCUUGGGGCCCCGGCUUGGAGCUAUUCUACAAGUGCUAGAUGACGAAUUGUCGGGUUGA